AUGUACCAAGCACGCACGCCGUGGGGCUCAGCCCUCGAGGAUAUCAGAGGUGCUGCUUCGUUUACGCGCCACUUUCGUCAGUUAUACAAGCUCAUGGCGAUACUUCCACGAGAUUUUGAUGAUGACACACGCUUCACCGAUGGUGCCAGAUGGGCGUUCUUUGCAAUUUUCAUUGUGCUUGUCCUUGGUAUUCUUUUCGGCACGCUCCGAGUGAAUAAGAGGCGUGCUCGCCAUGGAGCGGCACCUAUUUAUGGGACCCGUUGGAUGACUCCGCCGUCUUACCUUCAAUCACAAAACCAAUACGAUCAACCUACCCGGCAGGAACCUGAUAUGCCUCUGGCAUACGUCCCGAAAUAUACGGCCGAGGCGACAGAAUACGACAUGGGGUAUUACGAUAAAGAUGGGACAUUUCAUGCUAACCCCAAUAUCAAGGCACCGAUCCCUCUGGUUCAUCACAGAACUACUCUGGUUCUGACGGGCCAGCCCAUCCAAGCGAUGAAUGUGAUCUCCGAUGAGGACUUUUACCGGACUCACCCAACUCAAGAUGCUUCUGCGGGACAUUUUGCAGCUCAGACCCGGAACUCCUCUCAAGACAGUCUUGGUCCCCCCUCGGGACCCCCUCCAGAACUUUCUCCAGAAGGCUCAUCGAGUGACCUUCCGCGUGGCAUGAUUCUGGUGGUGGCGAAUGAGAGAGGAAUAUCAUCGUCCGCAAAUGACAAAAACAAAACUCACAUAUCUGAAACCGUGACCAGACUUUAA